CCUGCAGAUGUGGGCAACUUUUAAACUGAUUCAACCGCUUGAAAUUUGAAAUGUUCAUGAAUUGUAGUUGAUUUAUGCGUGUAUUACACUAACCCACUCUACCAAAUGUAUAUUCCAACAAUAAUAAAACGGAAUCGGUCAAUAAAUCUGUAAAUAGUUCUAAAAAUAGGAAAACCACAAUUUCCUAAGCAUUUUGUUGAUCAGCUGUAAAUCUCGCGGUUAGAUCAUUUUAUCUAUGUAAAUAUACCAUGUCAAUACUGCUAUACUAUUAUUUUCAUUGAUUUAAGAGUUUAAUUUAUAACAGUGACUGUUAUGGAUUUGUGUAUGAGAGUGGCAUGUUUUGAGCUGUGGUAUUUUGGGCAGCUUUGAGCUAGUUUUGAUUGGCCGCUGGAAAUGUUUAUUUUAUACAAAAACCUGGCAACCCUGGCUAUUGGUUUGCUCACGUGAUACACUGAUGUCACGCGCAGGUCGAUAUGCGCAGCCAGCGCCGCAUGAAACACUUCUGACUCAAGAACGUCCGAGUUGUAAGUAGCCAAUCAGAAUCCGAGUCUGAACUUCGCUUGUGGUUGAGGACCAAUCACAUGCGUUGAAUCUGAUGUGAAGAUUUUGACAGAAACUUGAUUUCCUCGACGACGGUGACACGGUACGACAGAAACACCUCAGUCUCAGAUUUCAGUCAUGAAUCGAAGUUCUUUGUUAUACAUUUAAUUCUUUUAUUUCAUGUUUGAGUGAAUUUCAGACACGCCUGAACGAGAAUCAGUUCUUUGUCGCUUCUGUAAGAUUGAUUAGAAGGUUUCAGUUUAUCGUGCUGUUUUCCGCUAUUAAAGAACCCUAUGAGUGAAUUAGAUUUGAACGAUUAAGCAAUUUUUUAACCCCUAAAUGUACAUUUAUUUUAUAGUUAUCUAUAACAAACGACUUCAUAUCAAAACACAGUAAUUAUGUAAUAUUUACAGAGAAUAACAGUGAUUUAGUUUACAGUAAUAUUGGACAUUUUUUGUGAGGAGAGCUGAAUGUAUCGUAAGUUUAGAGAAGAAUUAUGAUUUAUUUAUGUGUAUUUACAUCUUAUGUUUGUUUUAACUUUGACGACUAACAUGUCAUUUGAAGUCUCAGGCAAUUUAAGACAGAAAUACGUUACUCAUUUGUUCUUUUGUCCAAAUAUUUGCUCCUCGCACAAGUAACUUUAUUUAGAAACAAAUAAACAAAAAAAGCUAAAGCCCUUCUAUGAACAGUCAUGAUAACAUUCAUUCAUUUGUGUUUCAGAUGUCCAGUUUGUCACACCUCACUUCUCUGAGAUCAAAGCUUGAAGAAACUCUGGUGUCCUAUCACCAUGUGAAUGCAUCAGAGUGGAAUAUCGCAAAGAAAUCGAGUGACUUUGUUUGCGCAGAAGGAUGUGACGGUGUGGAGGAAACGUUCAGAAGAAUUCAGCGGCUUUCUAUAUAAAGCAGAGGGAACAGUGGCAGACACCCCGCAGAGGACUGUGGAGUAUAUUCGCCCUGGUCCAUACCGUUUAAACUGGGACAGUCUUAUGACUUCCAUGGAGAUUGUGGAAACACUAGACCAGGGCAGUUGCGUUAUGAAAUACACAACCGCAGGGCAAUUGUGGAACAUCAUUUCUCCGAGAGAGUUUGUGGAUUUCUCGCACACGACAGAUUAUGAGAACGGUCUUCUCUCCUGUGGUGUAAGCGUUGAUCGUGAUGAACACAAACAGGAUUUCGUAAGAGGGUUUAAUCACCCAUGUGGCUGGUUCUGUGUGCCAGUGGAGGAUUGCACACACAGUUUAUUAACCGGCUACAUCCAGACUGACCUGAGGGGAAUGUUACCGCAAUCUGCAGUGGACACGGCGAUGGCCAGCGGCCUGAUCAAUUUUUUCAGUGACCUCAGACAGGCUCUGAAAAUGUAGUCUCUCUAUCAGUAUGCUAAGUACAGGAGAGAGGCCUUGCCAAGCCAUGAUUUUGACUUUUUGACUCAUAAGUUGAAAGUACAGUUUUUCAGAGUUGAAAACACAGAACAUCAUUCCAGCACCAGUGAAAGAUUAGCUCUCGGUACAGAUGAGUCUUGAAAGUUGAUUGUUUUUUAAUCAAGGUUGAACUUGAGAUGAAGCUCACGUCUUGAUUAAAGGCUAAGAGGUCGAACGAGAAAAGAAUGUGAGAAUCUGAUGAUUAUCACCAUGAAUCAACCACUUAGCACAACACUGAGCCUCUUUAGAAUCAGAAACACGUACGAUUGUGUGCUACAUGUCUGUGUAUUUUAAAUGUUAAAUGUUUAUAAUAACGGUAUAGUUUAUAAACAGUUUGUUUAUAGUAUGGUAGUUUGUUGAUUGUGAGCGCGCCUGUCUGUUAUCUGAAUAUACUGUACACUUAAGAUUUUAAAUAAAAUGAACAGAAUGUUA